AUAAAAUGUGAAUUUAAAAUUAUUAAUACCGAACCAAGCUAUUUGGUAAAUUCAAAUGAUGAUUUAAAAAUAUUUACAACAGAUGCCCCAAGUGAUAUUAAUAAUAUCAAAAUUUAUAUUUUUCAAGCAAAUGAAGUGUGGGAAGAAACAGUUUUUACAAUGCCCGCAACAAAUCAAUUCGUAAUUGACCAAAACCAACUUUCGGCUUAUUGGGGCGAAAGAUUAUUUAGACUUGAAAUCGUAUCUCAGAGUGUCUCUACAACUAAUUAUGCUAAAAUUGGUUUUGCAACUCCAAUCUUUUUAAACAAUGAUAGUGUUAAAAAAAAUAGUACCACAAAUAAUUUAUAUGUAUAUUGCCGUUAUUUAAACAAUACUCAAUAUACAACAUAUUUAAGAGGUAUAAGUCUUGUACCCGUUGCUCCUUUAGAAAUACCAACAAACCCUGAUCCUUUAAGUCCAAGACUUGAAUAUCCAGAUUCAGAAUUUCAAUAUAUCAGAGGGUAUCCUUAUUUACAAUGUGAAAACUCAAAGUCUAAUGAUUUUAUAACCCAAAAUUUUAUGAUAUCAGUAAAUUUAAAUACAUUAGCAUGGGAAAAGAUUCCUCGUAAAGGAGGAGUAUUUAGAUUUAAGGGGUAUGGAUUGUAUCCAUCUAAUGAAAAGAAUAUUACAACCUAUUCUUUAAAUUUUGGUUAUAAUGAUUUAUCAUUAUAUACCCCAAUUCCAUGUCAAAAUAUAACAAUUGUUAAAUAUUUGGGUAAUCAAGAAUACAAUGCAACUUGUAUAAUGGAUGAUUAUAAAGAACCAACUCCUAAUGGAUUAAAUUUUCACGCUCUAUUUCCUUCUGAAUCAGACACAAGUCAAAACUAUCUUGAUCUUUAUCUUCCACCAUCUGUUUUAAGCGCAUCUCCAUCUUUUUAUGGUACACCCAAGGAUAUUACUAUUAAAGGUGAAUCUUUUUGCUUUUACCCAAAUGUUACAAUUGGUGGGAGUGAUUGUGUAGUAAAAUCAACGGAUUUUUAUGAAGGUGUAAUAGUAUGCACCUUUAACUCUGAUGUUGAGGGUUUAACUAAAACCCACAGAGUUACAGUAUCCUGCCCCAAAAAUUCUCCUGAUUCUAAUCCAGUUGGUAGUGGUGAUGUUUUUAUGUAUUCAAUUGAUGAAUGUGCUUUAAGUAAAGGCUUUAAUGGUCAAGUGUGCUCAGGAAAUGGCACUUGUAUUGAAGAAACUAGAAAAUGUAACUGUAAAAAGGGGUACUCUGGCUUUGACUGCUCCAAUAUAAACAAUGGCCAAAUAAAUCCACCCAUAAUCGAUAACACCACAUCCAUCAUUGAAACCAAUGAUUCUAAAUUCGACAUUGGUUUAGCACAAAUAAGAGAGUUAGAUAUUACAAAUAAUCCAAUAAAAGUUUAUAACUUAACUACAUCAAUUUGGAAAUUAGAACAAAGUAUAAAUGAAAACACAGAGCAACUAUUUAAUACAACAUUAGGUAACAAUGCAAUAAUUAAAGCACUUUUAACAAUUAAUUCAAAUGAAAAUCUAGAAAUGAUUUAUGAUUUUUAUGGUGAUAAUAUCACUCUUCUACCAAAUUCUGUUAAAUAUCAAGUUGAAAUCAGCAACUGGAAUUUCGACAGUUCAGUAAAUUCAUUGCAAUUAAUAUUCCAAUCACAAAUUUCAACUGAACAAUGUGAUUCUCAAACUUUAACAGGUCAGCAAAAUAUUCAAAUGUAUGGUGAUUCCAUUAGAUCAGUAAAACUAACUCUUGUUAAUGGUCAAACUUUGGUUGGUACAUUCAGCAAUCGUAUGAGAAUUGAUGAUAGAAUUAUUAAAAGUGACAUUAAGGUUUUAACAGAGGAAGAGUCUAUAGGUAUUCCAUCGGUAUCAAAAGAUGAUUCAAAAAAUGAUUCAGAUAAAACAAAAAGUAUUCAAAAUGUUUAUACAGCUAUUUCAAUUUCUAAUUUUAAAACAUCAGCAGUUAUUGAUCCAAAUUUUGGUGUAUUAGUCGAUAGUAAUCUUUCAAUCAGUGGUAGUUGUGGUAAAAAAUUCGAAUCUUGGAAAAUUGCACUUUGUGUUGUGUUACCUAUUAUUGCUUUUGCAAUAGCUGUCAUAGUUGUUUCAAUUUAUAGAGGAAGAAAAAGAAAUAUAGUUGUAGUUAAUGGUAAAGAGAUUAAUUUAAAUAAA